CGGGCAUAAUAGAGGACUGGCAGAUGUGGACACGAGUGAGGGGCCUCAACACCAGUGAGAAGAACUGAGCGUGAGAGGAAGUUCAACGUUAGGGCGUGGUGCACUAACCAACAGUUAUAACACACCGGCAGAUGAUGUGCUCUGUAUGACUCCGAUUGGAUGUGGUACGCAAGAUCAAAAUGAACAGCAAGAUCCUUUUACGAGGGGCCGCCUUUUUUCUGUUACUCGUCUUCAGAAGUUUUGCAGCUGAGAACGUGACAGAAACAGAGACCCCAGCACCAAUGACAAGCCCCACACCUCCGUUUAAUAACCCUGAACCCACAGACGAGGGUAAGGAUAACCUGAAAACGACAGAGGUGACAAUGAGCCCAGAUGAAGAGGAUUUUAACCUCACCGUAACUGCAGCAAACACUGAAGACUCUACAGACUCCCCUGUGCCAUCCUCUGUGACCUCCAAAAAGAUGUCUGCCGCACACCCGACCCUUAACACCACCACCUCCAUAACCGCGACCGCCGGAGCUGUAAAGUGGGACAAGAAAUGGGAUGAGCCGUUUCAUUACAGUAAGUAUUUGUUUAAUCAUUCAUUCAUUAAUAGUGCUCACUGAUGCAGACUUCACUAUUACUGCUUGAACAAACCUCUAACCCAAAGUAUUGAAUGUCAUCUGUAACUCGUGCCGCACUGUUUGUUCUACAGACAUGGAUGAUACUUUAAAUCAUGUGUUGUUUGUGCUACAAUUUUUUCAAGUGACUGGACUUAUAGAUUCUCACUUAAUGGAUGAUAAAACACACAACAUAAGGAAUGUCACAGAAAUCCAAUAGCAGUGUUAUUCAAAUAACAUUAUUAUUAUUAUUGAGUAAUUAUAGUUGAGUUGACCCAAAAAUAAGAAUUUGCUUAAAUGUACUCACCCUUAGGCCUUCCAACUUGUACAUGAGUUUGUUUCUUCAUUGGAACAGAUUUGGAGAAUUGUAGCAUUAUAUAACUUGUGAAUGGGUGCCGUCAGAAUGAGAGCCCAAAUGGCUGAUAAAAACAUCAUAAUAAACAAAUCCAUUAAAACUUUUUUAACUUUGUUGCUGGCAAAAAAUACAUAAUCGAUAAUAACGCUUCCUCCAGUGUAAAAAUGCUUCCCUGUUGAUGUAUCACAUCAAAAUCCACAGACAUAUUUGUUUAGAACUAGACUUUUGGACUGUUUUCACUUGUAAACAGUGCUUGAUCUGUGCAUAUUUCUCUCCUGAUUCAGAUAAGAUUACUUUUUUUAUUAUUGGAUAAAGCAAUACUAUGAAUGAAAAGUUUUAUUUUAGCCGUAUAAGCAACAGUUAAAAAUCUUAGUGUUGAAUUUAUUACAAGCCUGCAGUUUAAUUGAUGGACUGGAGUUAUGUAGACUAUUGUGGUGUUUUUUGUCAGCUGUUUGCACUCUCAUUCUCAUGGCACCCAUUCACUACAGAGCAUCCCUUGUGAUAUAAUAGU